GCCUGACUGCGUGGACGGCCUCGGGGACCCCGCCACCCGUCGAUACUUCCGAUGCCCGCGGCCGCCUCGCAUCGCCACCCCGCCGCGCAUAAAACCAACCCUCGCUCCGGCCAGGGCCGCCGCUCAGACCUACUGCUACUACCCUCCCAGCAGCCACCCUCCCUGUCGCUCUCACGCGCUUCGUGCUCGCCGCCUCCCCCACUUCCGCAUCGCGCCCCCCAUGGCCUCCAUCGCCGGAUCCGCCCUCUUCUUCGCCGGGCCCGUCAAGGCCGUCAACACUAGCUCGCUCUCUUUCUCUGCUGCGAGGAAGGGCAAUGCAUUCCUCCGCCUGCAGCCAGUGCAGAAGAGAUUCGCUGUUUGCUAUGCUGCCAAAAAGGAUACAGUGGACAAGGUUUGUGAAAUUGUGAAGAAGCAGCUUGCUGUUCCAGAGGGCACUGAUGUUUGUGGUGCCUCGAAGUUCUCUGAUCUUGGUGCAGAUUCACUUGAUACGGUUGAGAUUGUGAUGGGCCUUGAGGAGGAGUUUCAGAUCAGCGUCGAGGAAUCAAGCGCUCAGUCAAUUGCGACAGUUGAGGAUGCUGCUGAGCUCAUCGACAAGCUUGUUGCUGAGAAAUCGUCCUAAAGUCACAAGGCGUGAUGGAUCUACCUUGUUCGUGUCCUGCCCACUCACCCCAUAUCUAGGUUUCUAUGCUCUGUAGGCUUGGCGAUUUUCUCAGCAUUGUUGUCCACUGUGUCUGUAAUAAUACCGAAAUGAUUUUCUCAGCAUUGUUGUCCACUGUGUCUGUAAUAAUACCGAAAUGAGUUUAAGCUGUUGAACCUUACGGUGGUGCGUAUUCUGUCAGUUCAUUGUUGUAUGAGUGAUUCUUCCUGGAAGAAAUGAAUGAUUCUUCCUGGAAGAAAAUGGAAUCCUGGGAGCAUGUAGCAAAGAUUGCCAAA